GCAUGACCUGGAGCCCGACUUCAUCCUUGGUAUCUACUUGGAUGACAUUCUUAUCCAGAGAUUCAACAGCAGAGCAGAGAUUCCAAGGCUGGGGCACUGUGCACCUUGGGUGGAUCAUCAGCAGCCAGCGUACUGGGAUAGUGAGACACAGGGCGUUCUGAGACUAAUUGACAUCUACCAAGACUUCCUGGAGACAGUGCUUCACCUCUACAAUCAAAGUGAAACUGGAUAUCACACAAUGCAGAUAUUGGUUGCCUGCAAUGUGGGGCCUGGAGGGAAAUUCCGUCGUGGACAAUGUAAAUUAAUCAUCAAUGGCCGUGAUUACAUCACACUGAAUGGUGACCUGAGCACUUGGACUGUAGCUGGCAAGGAAGCUGAGACCCUGAGGAGACAGUGGGAGAAGACACAAGUUGCAAAAGUUAUGGGUGUUUUUCUAAAGAAAGAGUGUGUGUACCUCCUCCUCCAACACCUGAACUAUGCGAAAGAGUUUUUGCUGAGAAGAGACAUCCCAAAAUUGCAUGUGACUCAUAAGGUCAGAGCUGACGGGAAUAUCACUCUAACAUGCUCGGCCCUGGAUUUCUACCAUGCUGAGCUCACCCUGACCUGGCAGAGGGAUGGUAAUGAUCACAGACAGGAUGUGCAGGUGAUGGACACCAGGCCUGCAGGAGAUGGCACCUUCCAGAAGUGGGCAGCUGUGGUGGUGCCUCCUGGGGAGGAGCAGAGAUACACAUGCCGUGUGGAUCAUGAGGGCCUGCGUGAGCCCAUCACCGUGAGAUGGGAGCCUCCUCAGUCCCCUCUCCCCAUUAUCGCAAUUGUUACUGGCCUGAUUCUUGGAGCUGUGCUUAUGGGAGCUGUGGUGACUUUUCUGAUAUGGAAGAGGAGGACUAAAGGAUAAGACAGCUGGACUGAGCCUACCGGGAUUCCUUCUUCUUUCUUUUUAACCACUGUGGUUUGAGGAACUGAUGACUUCUCUUCCUGCAUCUGACUGUCACUAUGUGUCUGUCUGUCUCCUGUGAGUACAAUGUAGCCAGGUGCUUAGUGCAGCCCUGCCCUGAGUAGCUACAAGUCCCACCCACACACUGAUUAUCUUUCCUUCCCUAAUCACCCUUGCUGUUCCAACAAAGGCUCGGCUGGAAAACCUCCAUCCCUGACUUAAAUUUACUUUUUCCUGAGCUACAACUUAAUGCAUCUUUCUUGAAAUUAAGCAUUUUUAUUGUUAUGCAACUUCUUUCAGAGUGGGCAUUUGAUUUGUAUUAAAGACAAAAAAAAACCCGAUGGGAAAAAUAAAGUCUCAGAAUAUUUCA